CCACACUCCGAAAUCUCCAAACGUUCGAUUUUUUUUUUUAUUUGGAGAGGAAGGAUUUAAGGAGGUUUUUUGAAUUCCGCCAUGUUCGCAAAACGUUUGUUGCAGAAGGCAGCUCAUCGUCAUCAUCAGCGUCACGAAAAAGGUUUGCUGACGUCAGACGACUUGAAUCUUCAGGUCAAUGUGCACUAUGGGAUUCCUUCUACGGCGUCGCUUCUUGCUUUUGAUCCGAUUCAGCGCCUACUGGCAAUCGCCACAUUGGAUGGUAGGAUAAAGGUAAUUGGUGGUGAUAACAUCGAAGGACUUUUGAUUUCGCCAAAGAUGUCGCCAUAUAAAUACUUAGAGUUUCUGCAGAAUCAAGGUUUCUUGGUUAGCAUUACAAAUGACAAUGAAAUUCAGGUUUGGAAUCUGGAGACAAGGUCAAUAGCUUGUUGUUUACAGUGGCAAUCCAAUGUAACUGCUUUCUCUGUAAUCAGUGGCUCCUCAUUUAUGUAUAUUGGCGAUGAAUACGGAUUGAUGUCCGUUCUGAAGUAUGAUCCAAACAGUGAACAGCUUUUGCAAUUUCAUUACCAUCUAUCUUCAGAUUCUCUUGCUGAAGCUACUGGAUUCUCAAUUUCUAGUCGGCAACCUAUAGUUGGACUUCUUCCUCAACCAUUUUCUUCGGGAAAUAGGCUAUUGAUUGCUUAUGCCAGUGGGUUGAUUAUUCUCUGGGAUGUGGUUGAAGCACAUGCUAUUGUUGUUCGAGGUGAUAAGGUCCUUCAACUGAAAAACAAAGUUGUUCCUCCUAACGACGUAGACACCAGCACUUUCGACGAUACACCUUCUUGUGACUUGGAGGAGAAAGAGAUCACUGCUCUGUGUUGGGCAUCUACUGAUGGGUCCAUUCUUGCUGUUGGAUAUAUAGAUGGGGAUAUUUUAUUUUGGAAUACAUCCAAAGAUUCUCCUAUCAAGGACGAAGAAGCUCGGUUGUCACCAAAUGUUGUCAAGCUACAGUUGUCUUCUGCUGAGAAGAGGCUGCCUGUCAUUGUUUUGCACUGGCUGGACAACAGUAAAUCUCAUAAUCGUCUAGAAGGUCAACUUCUCGUGUAUGGUGGUGAUGAGAUAGGAUUCGAAGAAGUUGUUACGGUUCUUAGUCUUGAAUGGUCAUCUGGAAUGGAAGCAGUGGGAUGUGUAGGUCGUGUAGACCUCUCUCUUACUGGCUCUUUUGCUGAUAUGAUUUUAAUACCAUCUGCUGGUGCAACUGGGAGUGAUACAAAUGCUUCUCUGUUUGUUUUAUCAAACCCUGGCCGUGUAAAUAUCUAUGAUAGAAGCAGCCUUUCUUCCUCAGACUUGCAGGCCAGGAUGGAACUACCUACCUCUGCUGUAAAUUUUCCUGCUUGCAUACCAACUAUUGAUCCUGUGAUGACUGUUUCAGAAUAUUUUCAUAUAUAUGGAAGCAUAGAAGCCUUGGUAUCCAAGUUAGCUGCGGUGAGUUCAACACAUACAUUGCCUGGGAAUAGAAAGUGGCUCUUAACUGGGGGUGUCAAUAAUAAUAUAAAUUUUGGUGAAGAUAACAAGGUCCACAGACUGUACGUAGCAGGCUAUCAGGAUGGAUCAAUUCGACUAUGGGAUGCUACUUAUCCAGUUUUUUCGUUCCUUUGCGUUUUGACAAAUGAGGUUACUGGAGAAAAUUUGGAUGAUUCUAGUGCAUCAUUGACGACACUUGAUUUAUGCUUCUCCACGUUGAGAUUAGCAGUUGGCAGUGAAUGUGGUCUGGUCCAAGUUUACCACCUCUAUGGCAGCGACGAAACAAGCUUUCAUUUUGUUACUGAGACCAAAAGUGAAGUUCGCAGCUCUGCUAAAGUUCAAGGACCUAGGCGUGGAGCUGUUUUCAACAUUGUAAAAUCAGGAGUUCAGGCACUGAAAUUCACAAAUGAUGGCUCCAAACUUAUUGUUGGAUAUGAAUGUUCUCGAAUUGCAGUGCUGGAUGUGCAUUCAUCAUCUGUUUCCUUUAUAACAGACUCUAUAACCGACUCCCCAGUGGUAUCAGUACACUGUAAAGCUAUUGUUUAUGAAACGGCUAAAAAUAAUAAUGAAUCUGCACAAAAGAUCCCAGAUAACUGUAGAAGAGAAGCUAUAUUCAUAUUAACCAAGGAUGCAAGUAUCUAUGUUAUUGACGGUAAUAAUGGUAGUAUGAUUAGCUCAAGGCCUGUCCAGUUGAAGAAGAAGUCAACAGCAAUUUCCGUGUAUGUUAUAGAAAGCCAGGCAGCUGUUUAUAAAUCUGUCGAUAAACAACAGUUGCCGAAGGAUGAUAUUCUAAGAAAUGAGCUUCCCGAGGAUGCUGCCCAAGUGAGUGAGAAAAGUAAAACUGAAGACCACCCUUUGGACAAAAUUCCCUCCACACAAAGUUUGAAAGAUUUAUAUGUCUUGCUUUGUUGUAAGGAUUCAAUACGUGUACACCCUGCCAAGUCUGUGGUUCAAGGAGAAAGUAAAUCUAUUCAUAAAGUCAAACUUUCCAACCCCUGCUGUUGGACUACUCUCAUCAGAAAAGAUGAAAAAGUUUGUGGAUUGGUCGUCUUUUAUCAGACAGGCGUGAUGGAGAUCAGAUCGUUACCUGAUCUGGAAUUGGUGAAAGAAUUUUCUUUAACGUCAGAGUUAAGGUGGAAUUUCAGGGCAAACAUGAAAGGGAUGAUCAGCUCGACAGAAAAUUCGCAUAUUGCAUUGGCAAAUGGCUAUGAAGUGGCAUUUAUUUCUGUACUCGACGGUGACCAUGAUUCAAGGAUCCAAAAGUCCCUGCCUAGUCUUCAUGAUGAAGUGCUUGCGGCUGCGGCUAGUGCUGCAAUUAGUGCUUCCUCGGAUCUCAAGAGAAAACAGGGAGGCAACACUGGAAUUCUUGGAGGUAUUGUAAAAGGAUUUAAGGGGCGGAAUCAAAACAAAUCAACGAAUCAUGGCUCCAACUAUAAAUCUGAUUUUAGUCACCUAGAGGAAAUAUUCACGAGGAAUCCAUUUCCAGAGUCAUCAACACCUACAGAUGAACAGGAAGCUUUUGAGCUUACUAUAGAUGACAUUGAAAUUGACGAACCUAUACCUUUUGCAUCUACGUCAUCCCAUGAAGUAGGUAAACAAGUUAAAGACAAGAAAAAUGAACGAGAACAAUUAUUGGAUGAUGGUGGUGAGAUUAAGCCUAGACUUAGAACACGGGAAGAAAUCAUUGCUAAAUACAGAAAAGCUGAGGACGCCUCGUCUGCAGCUGGAGAAGCAAGAAACAAGCUUCUGGAGCGCCAGGAGAAACUUGAGAGAAUCAGUAAACGAACGGAAGAUCUUCGUAAUGGAGCCGAAGACUUCGCAUCAUUGGCUGGCGAGCUUGCCAAGGCAAUGGAAAACCGGAAAUGGUAUCAAAUAUGAUAGCAUUUCAUAGAAGUUGCUUCAUCUCUUUCAGUUGUCCUCUACGUGUGAUUUGCAUAUUUUGGUUUCAAGUGAAGCUUUGUGGUUACAACUCAUGAGAAAUGGACAUAAUUUAUAUCAAUCGGCUUAUUAUUCGUGGUUCUCAUCAACAUGGAAAUACAACCCAGUUGAGGAAACUGGAGAGAAAGGCAUUCUUUCGUUUGUUUGUUUUCCCCUUUUUUACUGUAAAUUAUGGAUGGCCUAAAGAUGAUACCGCGGAUUUGCCUGCAACAGCUUGGAAAUAAUUACUUAUUGGGUGAGAGGAUUUUGUAACCGGUGCUACAGAUCAUGAGCGUUCAUAAUUCUUUGUAUUUACAGUGUAAAUAGUUGUUCCAUGUUUCACGAGACAUCGAACAUGUUUGAAUUAAUUUUUUUUAAGUGGAUUUCAAGACUUGUUUUUU